AUGGCUGCUCAUGGUGAGGAGUUUGUACAUCACAUGGAGGUGGAGGCAAAGAUUGAGUGUGCUCAUCGUGCGGAUAAGGUAAAAGCUGAUCUUGAGGCUAUCCACACACCUACUGAGUCUCUGAAAGCACAAUGUCUUGAAGGCCUUGGUGGAUUGGUUGGGCAAUUAUUAGAUGCUAUUCAUGAGACAACUGGAUGGCAUGGAAGUGUCUACCUUGGGGGACCUGAUCCUUGUGUGAAUGGGGAGGUUCACGUCUUCAGUUUCCAUCAUGGAAAGGGCUUUUCUGGUUUCAAUUUUCGCGAGAUGCUGCCCAAUCACCAUGGUCACAUUGUUGAGCCAUUCACUGCCUUUUUGAAAGGCACAUUCACUAUUGAUGCCUCCUACCAUUCAAUGGACUCAAGCAUGACUCUGCCUGUGGGAGAACCACUGGUCAAUGAGACUUUGCCAGCAUCAGCCCCGAUAUCACAGUUGUCAACGCCUCCCAUCCUUUGA